UGAAGUCUUUUUUAGUCCAUCUUACACCCGUCACUGUGUGUGUCAGGCAACCAUGCCUUUGCUUCAGUUCGAUUUCUUUGAAGUACAUUUCCUGUAAUAAAACGGUUUGGCCGUUUCCUCUUGGUAUAAGUAGCACACCACAUUUCAUUUUAAGCUUUCAGAUAGGGACUAUUCUAAGCUGACAGCUUGGAUUAACAUUUGUUUCCGUGGCCCCGGAUGCACACUCCACAGUCCUGCGCCUCCGCUCCUCUGAAUUGGUUUCUCUCCCUGCACCUCGUUUUCCCGUAUGUAGCUAUACUCUCCCAUUCCUGCGCGGUCCUGACUCUAAAAUCAUAUACACAGUAGAGAAGGAGCCCUGAAGGUGAGUGAGGGGAAGUUACGAGUCAGAGGCGGCACCAGCAUUUUCACAACACAGUCCGGAGGAGCCACGGUGCUUGUGAGCAGUUGUGGGAAGGAAAGAGGGUCUCAGCUGUGCCACGGCGCUGGGUGUGCCGCUCGGGGAUUGAGGCUGAAGACCUGGAUAUCGUGAGCUCAGAGAAAUGCGGACAAUUGGAGCGGUUUGAGAGGCGCACACAGAUAACUCUGAGAUUUACAGUGCCAUCCCCCAGCUGAGUUGGUGAGGGAAGAGACGGAAUGACAAGAAGUGUUACUUGGCAAACAAGACAUCUGUGCUGCUCCCGCCAGUCUAACAGCAUCGCUCCUGACUGAAGGCAGAAUUGUACCCGCUCCCCAGCUGCAUGGAUAACAUUCCCGAGGCCCUUCCUAUGGGCGGCAAGUGCUAAAGACACUCCGCGAGCUCACAAGGGGAACCCUAGGGUUCCCACCUGUGCCCUCAGACUCUCCCAUCUGCUUUUGUAGUCUGCAAGGGGAACUUGAGCUUUUGAGACUCUGGAAGUUCUUAACGGGGGAAUUCGUCUGCAUUGCAAUAGCUCUUUUACUCCAAUCUUUACCCAGAAAUACCCACCAGUAAAGUUUUUAUCAGAAAAGGAUCGGAAAAGAAUUUUGUUGACCAGAUAUACCAUCUGGCAUCUCCAGCCUCCCCUCCAAACUACAUGUAUAAUCCUAUCAAGACAUUAAAGACCAAUACGAUUGGGACAUUAAACAUGUUGGGGCUGGCAAAACGAGUCGGCGCCCGUCUGCUCCUGGCCUCCACAUCGGAGGUGUAUGGAGAUCCUGAAGUCCACCCUCAAAGUGAGGAUUACUGGGGCCACGUGAAUCCAAUAGGACCUCGGGCCUGCUAUGAUGAAGGCAAACGUGUCGCAGAGACCAUGUGCUAUGCCUACAUGAAGCAGGAAGGCGUGGAAGUACGAGUGGCCAGAAUCUUCAACACCUUUGGACCACGCAUGCACAUGAAUGAUGGGCGGGUGGUCAGCAACUUCAUCCUGCAGGCGCUCCAGGGGGAGCCGCUCACGGUAUACGGAUCCGGGUCUCAGACAAGGGCGUUCCAGUACGUCAGUGAUCUGGUGAAUGGCCUCGUGGCUCUCAUGAACAGCAAUGUCAGCAGCCCAGUCAACCUGGGGAACCCAGAAGAACACACAAUCCUAGAAUUUGCUCAGUUAAUUAAAAACCUUGUUGGUAGCGGAAGUGAAAUUCAGUUUCUCUCCGAAGCCCAGGAUGACCCACAGAAAAGAAAACCAGACAUCAAAAAAGCAAAGCUGAUGCUGGGGUGGGAGCCCGUGGUCCCGCUGGAGGAAGGCUUAAACAAAGCAAUUCACUACUUCCGUAAAGAACUCGAGUACCAGGCAAAUAAUCAGUACAUCCCCAAACCAAAGCCUGCCAGAAUAAAGAAGGGACGGACUCGCCACAACUGAACUCCUCACUUUUAGGACACAAGACUACCAUUGUACACUUGAUGGGAUGUCUUUUUGGCUUUUUUUGUUGUUGUUUAAAGAAAGACUUUAACAGGUGUCGUGAAGAACAAACUGGAAUUUCAUUCUGAAGCUUGCUUUAAUGAAAUGGAUGUGCCUAAAAGCUCCCCUCAAAAAACUGCAGAUUUUGCCUUGCACUUUUUGAAUCUCUCUUUUUAUGUAAAAUAGCGUAGAUGCAUCUCUGCAUAUUUUCAAGUUUUUUGUCUUGCUGUGAGAGCAUAUGUUGUGACUGUCGUUGACAGUUUUAUUUACUGGUUUCUUUGUGAAGCUGAAAAGGAACAUUAAACGGGACGAAAAAUGCCGAUUUUAUUUAUAAAAGUGGGUACUUAAUAAAUGAGUCGUUACACUAUGCAUAAAGAAAAAUCCUAGCAGUACUGUCAGGUGGGUGGUGCACCGGCAUUGACUUUAGGGCAGAUAAAAGAAUUCUGUGUGAGAGCUUUAUGUUUCUCUUUUCAUUCAGAGUUUUUCCAAGGUCUACUUUUGAGUUGCAAACUUAAGACUUUGAAAUAUUCCUGUUGGUCAUGAUCAAGGAUAUUUGAAAUCACUACUGUGUUUUGCUGCGUAUCUGGGGCGGGGGCGGGUUGAGGGGGACAAAGUUAACAUAUUCUUGUUUAACCAUGGUUAAAUAUGCUAUUUUAAUAAAAUAUUGAAACUUACCAGUCA